GCCGAUUAGCCUCGAGCCUUGACGCUGGCUCAACAGAAGUAACAGGUUGCCACAAGCGGCGGAAGAUGGAACGAGACAGGGUAGCAGAUCUGCCAAACAGUCCAGGAAGGGAUGUCCCACCGACGAUGAGAACGGCAGCGGCCCCGUCAGGAGCAAGGGAACGAAGAACAGUGACAGACACCUCAAGCCGGCAAGCUCCUCCAGCUCAACAGCGUCAACCGACAGCUGCUGAAGACCAGGUGCGGGCUUCAGUGGAGAAAUGUUACGAUGACGGCAUAUGCCCGGAUGGACUAGAGUUGGGAGAAGUGGUGGAGGAUGAGCAGGGGAGACACCUUGUAGUGUACGAGGCAGCAGACGACAUCAAGGAAUCCUGGCUGAAGGAACGUACGGUCAUCGUAAUCUUCCAAGAGGGAGCAAAACAGUUGUCGAGGCAGGUAAAAGAAGACUUGAUCAGAGCUCAGGAAGAUGGCUGGAUAUCUCAGAGGAUUUCAAAUCCUGAGCUGGGCAGAGGUCGGAUCAGAUUCGAGGGGCAAAACGUGAUAUCCUAUGUGGCCAAAGCAAAGGAGGUGGCCGAAUGGCUGCUAAGGAAAAAAAAAGAAAAGUUAAAGCUAGGUGCAAAGGAAUAUCUGACGACCUUCAAGCCAUGGAUGCCAAAACAGGAACUUCGUAUGCUGAAGUUGCAAGAGGCAGAGACGAGCUUGGGGAUUACGGCCUUGCGGGUCCCGCUCGAUGCAUACUACUACUUACGGGACGCGGCAAGAGGCAUGUUCGGGGAGAUGGAGGUGCUGUUGAACCGUAUCAGAAGACACCCGUUGAUCCACGACCUCCGAUUACAUGGGGAGAACGAGUGUAGGGCCUUGAAUCAAGGUGGAACGGAGACAAUCACGAGAGGAGUGCAACGGCUUCACGUGGACGAAGGCGACGAAGCGGCUUUCGACGAGCCCCUGGGUUGUGACGACGUUGACGGCGACGACGAUUGCAACUCCGAUGAUUUGCCAAAGAUCAGGCAGCUUGGGAGGAAAGUGACGAACGGCGGUGCGAGUGCGAAGAGGGGUCCCGCUCUGAAAAAUCGACGGAAUAAAAACAUGGAUGACGACACCGGCCGGAGCGAUGGCGAGGGCGGCCGGAACUUCUGGUCGACGAUGGGCAUCACGAGGGAGGGCAUCGACUGCGAGAAGAAAUGGGACAACUUGAUGCAACAAUUCAAGAAGGUCCACAAGUUCCGGAACCUCUCCGGUGGGAAGGACUACUUCAAGCUUGCUUCAAAGGCCAGACAAUCGGAGGGCUUCAACUUCGUCAUAGACCGGAGCGUGUACGACGAGACGGAGGCCAUGAUGAAGGGGGAUCAUACGAUCCACCCGAAGAAUUUGGCGGACAUGGGGGCGGCCGGGGUGGUGCAGAUGCUGGCACGCGCGGGGGCUGGAGGGGAGACCAUGGUCAAUGAGGGUGGAGGGGAGGCAGCCGACGAGGAGCAGGGGUCGACGAAAGACUCCACAUUCAGCGCGAGGAGCGGCGACGGUUAUGGGAAGAGGAAGAACAUGCGGCAACAAACUUUUGAGGCCGUCGUCGACAUCAUGGACAAGCAUGGUGCGCUCAUGGCGAGCACAAUGGACAGCACGAGCAAGUGACAAUGCUCAAUGAUGUUAUGUCAGUGCGAAAUCUUGGAGAG